GAUCCAUGACAAAGUCUCAUCCGUUCAUAAGCAGUUUAUGUAUUGUUUGUGUCGACUAUGAUGAUGGAUAAGCUAACAGCGCGACAAAGGAGCCAGCUGCCCACCUGUUACUAUGAGGGAUACUUGGAGAAAAGGUCUUUCAAAGAUAAGACAUCUAGGAAACUGUGGACGUGCCUUUGUGGAAACACACUGUUCUUCUUCAAUGAGAAGAGAGACACUGACUACAUCGAGAAGGUGGAUCUCAGGGGAUUUGUGUCCAUAACAAAUGACUGCAGCCAGGAUCGUAACCUUGGUGCAGCCAGACUCAAUCUCCAGCUGAAAGGGGAAAAUAUCAGAAUCACUGCUCCUAACGCAGAGGCUCGUGAGCUGUGGAGGGGUUACAUCUGCUCCGUGGUCGAGCUUGCAGUACCAGCCUCCAUUAACCUGCUGCCAGGACAGAUCCAGAUGCUGAAAGAGACCGUGGAAAAGGAGGAGGCAAGAAUAAAUAACGCCUCGCCACCUGUUGUCACCAACAGCGCUGCUCUAGUCAGCCUGCAAGGGGACAAGCCAGCUUGUUACCACAACGUGACCCGACUGGAGGCGGAGCUUCUGCUGGAGAGAGAAGCCGAGAGAGGAAACAUGCUGCUGAGACCCGGAAGUACAGGAAGCUCUUUUGCUGUGACCACCAGACAGCACCUGGAGGGCUCCGUAAUUAGACACUACCGGGUGACUCCCGAACACACUGGGGGCUUCUUCAUUGAUGUGGAUAAUCCUGUUCUGUGUGCCACGCUUCAUGAUGUCAUCGAUUAUUUAGUGGAGAAAACCAACAGAGUUCUGACUCCUCUUAUCUUUGAGGAAACCUAUGAAAAAAACAUCUCUUUUAUUUGUAAAGAUUGUGAAAACGGAGAGAGCACCCUUCUGCAGGCCCCGACGAGCCUUGGCCCACCAAGUGCCCACCCCAAGAAAGUAGCUCCAAGAAUUCCAAUCCAUGAACCAACUGAAGAAGACAAUGUUUCCCUAAAUGACCAGCUGGAAGAGAAAGAAAAAGAGAUGGAUAGUUCAUCAGCUGCUUCACUGCAACAACUUCACAAAAAAGCAGCAAAGAAAGCAAUUAUGCCUCCAGUUCCUGCUCCUCGCAGACUGCUCCCAUCACCCGACCGCACCAACAGGGAUCAGAAGAUGAGACCAACAGACCCACAGGGCCAGAUUCCACUUGCAGCCAUAUCCGAGCUAAAACUCAAGUUUGGGCAAAUAGCCCGGUGUUGAGUGACUUCUCCUGGUGAGAAUACUCUGAAGAUCUGUGAAUAUAUGGGACUAUAUGGAAGUACUUCUAAGACCAUUUGGAAACGUCUUGGAACAUCUGCCCCGUCGGUGCCACCUUGUCCCCAAAGUGCUUCUGCACAUUUUGCACAUUCCUUUCGCAUUGGUUUGCAUUUUAGAUUCCAUUAUUAUGUGCUGCUUUUGUCUCCUGUAAAUAUUUUUACAUAGCAACUAUAUAUACAUAUAUGUACACUCACCGGCCACUUUAUUAGGUACACCUGUCCAACUGCUCGUUAACACUUAAUUUCUAAGCAGCCAAUCACAUGGCGGCAACUCAGUGCAUUUAGGCAUGUAGACAUUGUCAAGACAAUCUCCUGCAGUUCAAACCGAGCAUCAGUAUGGGGAAGAAAGGUGAUUUGAGUGACUUUGAACGUGGCAUGAUUGUUGGUGCCAGAAGGGCUGGUCUGAGUAUUUCAGAAACUGCAAAUCUACUGGGAUUUUCACGCACAACCAUCUCUAGGGUUUACAGAGAAUGGUCCGAAAAAGAAAAAACAUCCAGUGAGCGGCAGUUCUGUGGGCGGAAAUGCCUUGUUGAUGCCAGAGGUCAGAGGAGAAUGGCCAGACUGGUUCGAGCUGAUAGAAGGGCAACAGUGACUCAAAUAACCACCCGUUACAACCAAGGUGGGCAUAAGAGCAUCUCUGAACGCACAGUACGUCGAACUUUGAGGCAGAUGGGCUACAGCAGCAGAAGACCACACCGGGUGCCACUCCUUUCAGCUAAGAACAGGAAACUGAGGCUACAAUUUGC